UCUUAUUAGCCCAUUUGUCUCUAACCCCAACCGGUCGUUUCUUUCGUUUUAUAAUUUCUUUUCUCUCAACGGAAGUUGCAAAACGUAAAGCCAUCGAAACGGGGUCGUUUUUAGCUUUGAAAUUUCAUAUUUUUUCUCUACUACAGCUAGUACUAUCUGGGCGACACUGAAUUCCGGUGACCGGGUGCCGGUUUUUGAUGAAGUGAAACCGUGGGAUUGGGAGUUUUAGCGGCGAUGGAGAAGGAAGUUCAAUCGGAUUACACUUAUAUGGGACGAAGCUUCAGCGGUCUCAGCAUAAACGAUGAUUCAUCGGCUUUCAGCGAUUGCAACAGUGAUAGAUCUGGCGAGUUCCCGACGGCUUCUUCUCAGAGCCGGCGGCUACUCGUGGCUUGCGCGACGGAUAACUCCGACGAAUUGCUCCAGCAACUGGUGUGCGAUCUUCAGUCGACAUCAAUCGAUGAACAGAAGCAAGCCGCAAUGGAAAUCCGGCUCCUCGCGAAGAACAAGCCUGAGAAUCGAAUCAAAAUUGCCCGAGCCGGCGCGGUCAAGCCGCUCAUAACGUUGAUUUUCUCCACCGAUCCUCAGCUUCAGGAAUAUGGCGUCACCGCAAUUCUCAACCUCUCGCUCUGUGACGAGAACAAGGAGCUCAUCACGGCGUCCGGUGCAAUCAGGCCUCUCGUUAGAGCUCUGAAAGUCGGCACAUCUACGGCUAAAGAGAACGCCGCUUGCGCUCUGCUCCGCCUAUCACAAAUCGAGCGAAACAAAAUCGUAAUUGGACGCUCCGGCGCGAUCCCGCCCCUAGUGGACCUUCUAGAAAACGGGAAUUUCCGCGGCAAAAAGGACGCCUGCACGGCUCUGUACUCGCUGUGCUCAGAGAAAGAGAACAAGGUCAGAGCCGUCCAGGCCGGAGUAAUGAAGCCUCUGGUGGAACUAAUGGCCGAUUUCAGCUCGAACAUGGUGGAAAAAUCCGCGUUCGUGGUUAACGUAUUGGCAUCCGUGAAGGAGGCGAGGGCGGCUCUGGUGGAAGAAGGCGGAAUUCCGGUGCUGGUGGAGAUUGUGGAGGCCGGAACGCAACGACAGAAGGAGAUUGCGGUGGCCAUACUGUUGCAGCUAUGUGAGGAUAGCGUCACACACCGUACCUUGGUGGCCCGAGAAGGAGCCAUUCCCCCCUUGGUGGCUUUGUCGCAGUCCGGUACAAGCCGCGCCAAACAAAAGGCUGAGAUUUUGACCGAUCUUCUACGGCAGCCCAGAUCCGCCACUGCUACUGUGCCCAGAACGUCUGAUGUGUCUGUUUAAGGUACCCCGCAGCCUCUCCACCAAGUAUUAAAUCGAACAAUUUUAUUUUUUUUUUUUUGGAUGAUUUUGAUUAAUGAUUUGACGAGAAUAGAAUUCUCCUGUAAUUGUAGCGUACUAGUGUUUAAAUAGUUGAGAAAA